UCCCUUGGGCGAGAAUGAGCCCCCCCCGCCAAUGGACGUGGAGGAGAUGCAGGAGGAGGAGGCGGAGGCGUUCCCUGAGUGGGUGCCGGGGGGGCGGGCUGCUGCGAGUCAUCCUCAAGCGAGGCGAGGGGCUGGAGGCACGGCACCAUGCCAACCCGUUUGUUGUGCUGCGGUUCCGUAAUCAGGAGUGGCAGAGCCAGCACUACAAGAAGCAAGCGGACGUGGUAUUUGAGGAGGAGCCAUUCGAGGUGUUUCUGGAGAAGCCACCAGUGAGCGACACACUGCACAUCAAAGUCUUCUCCAAGUCCCUCUCCUCCUUCUCCGUCCUCUCCAAGGAAGCGGUGGGGUACUGUGAGAUACAGCUGAGCGACGUGGUGAUAAACGGGCGAAUCAACGACCUCUACCCCCUCAUUGACUCCAAGGGCCAGCUCCAGCUCGAGCUACAGUGGCACCGCCGCACCGACGCCUCGCAGGUCGCAGAAGAGACGUCGCUCGCCACCCGCGUGGGGCAGAUAAUCCAGCAGACGGCGGUGGGGAAUAUGAUCUCGCAGACGGUUAACCGGAUGGAGAAUGCGUCGGAGGAGAUCAAGGCGCGCUGGCAGCAGGCUGAUGACUUUCUGAAGAAACCGACCCUCCCCCCCAUGAUGAAAUCACCCUAA